GCACUUCCAACCUCCCCACCUUUCUCAUUCACUCAUUGUUCCCCUUUCCUUCUCACAGUUAUAUUAUACAUAUCUUUGUAUCUAUAUAUACUUGAUCUUUUGUUACACAACAAAACUUAAAUAUUUAUUACUUAACUCUUCAAGAGUACUUGCUUACUACAAUAUGGGAAGUCAAUCUAAGGGGAGUGUGGAUGGAGUUCAAAGUGAUGUGAAGGUUGUAGAGAAUAUGUCAACUAAGAAGAGUGGUGUUUAUGAUUUGUUGCUUAGGGUUCUUUGUUUCUUGCUCACUCUCACUGUUACUAUCAUUGUUGCUGUUGAUAAGGAAACUAAGGUUAUUUCCUAUGCUGAUUUGCAGUUCAAAGCUACUGCUAAAUGGAAAUACAUGUCUGCUAGUGUGUUUUUCUUGGUGACAAACGCUAUAGGAUGUUCAUAUGCAGCAACAACAAUGGUGAUUUCAACCAUUGCAAGAAACAGUGGGAACAAGACAAUACUGUUGAUGAUAACAGUACUAGAUCUUGUUGUUUCUGCAUUACACUUCUCAGCCAAUGGAGCUGCUGCUGCAGUGGGAGUGUUAGGGCAGAAAGGAAACUCGCACGUGCAAUGGAUGAAAGUGUGUAAUGUGUUUGAUGCCUAUUGUCGUCACAUGACUGCUGCUUUGGUUCUCUCUAUCAUUGGUUCAUCUGUGUUUCUUUUGCUUGUGGCUCUCUCUAUUUUCAAACUUCAUUAUUAUAGAUCUUACUAGAUCAAUAAUUAAUAUACUAUUAUUAGUGUUAAUGUGUUCUUAGACUGUUGUUAGUUACUAAAGUUGUUGUUUGAUGAAAUAUAGAUUUAAUAUGUAAUUUAGUAUUAUGGUUCUAUUAAGUGAUUUUGGUUUGUAGUAUAGUAGUAAAUAUUGUAUCCUACUAUACAUGGUGGUAGGUUUAAUCAUUUAAGAGGAGUACACUAUAUAUGGCCACUUUGUUUA